GGCGUUUGUCUGUAUUUCAGUUAUUGCACUUUGUUUUUUUUCAAUAACUGUGACCGAUGAGUGACAAUAUUUUUUUGUUCUGUUCUACAUAUUAAUGCAUUUGAUCAGUGUAUUGUGAAAUGAGUUUUCGAAGCCAUUAUCAUACAACAUAUGAAAUCAGCUAACGUGCUUUUUCUGCAUUAUUUAUCAACAUGACUACCCUCAGCGAAAGCUUAUUUCCUCCUAGUAACCGCCGGAAAUGUGUCAAAGGACGGACUUCUUAUACUGAAUCAGCUGAAAGUAUAAUGUGCAGUGAAAAUAUAAACAUUGAUGCUGAUGACAGUUAUAGUUUAGACCAUAAUGGUUAUGACUGCUUAGACAGUAAUGAAAUUGAAGAUAUUGAAGAGGAGCCUGUUACUAUUGAUUUACAAGCAUUCUUAUCAGAAAAUCCUUUGCUGACUGAACCUGCAUCUGAUUGUGGUGUUGAUUCUAAUAUCAAUUUGUCUGACUGUCACUCACAAUUUCGGGUUACUAGUUACCAGCCUGAUCUCUCUUCCAGCGUAAUUGAAAAUGUCCUUACAUCUGAACCUGCAGUAACAUGUGAAAAAAAUGUGCUACCAGAACUUGCAAUCAAUUCAUUGCUUAUUACUGAGAAGUCUGCUGGAGAAAAUGAGAGCAGUGUUCAGUCGGAAGACACACCUGUUGCAGUUACCGAAGAAAGCAUGUCUAGUAAAGAAAAUGUUUUUGUAAAUGGUAACAAACAGAGUCCGAAAAAAUUCGUCAAGUCAAAAACACACAUGGGUCUUUCCAAUCCAUUGAAAAAAUAUAAAAAUUUUGUUAAAAUGAAAGAUAUAAACAAAACAAGUGUUAAAGUAUUUGGGAAAUAUCCGGUUGUUAAGUGUGAAAAAUUAGACAUUGAAAAUUUUAUGAAAAAGAACAAUAUAAAAGUGAGAAACUGGCCUUUACUGCAUAAUAAUAUUAAUAAAACAAAAUUAUCUUUAAACAACAGUGGUACUAUCACUAAAAAACUUAAUCCUAAAAAACCUAAUUUAAAAAUACCAAAACUUUUCAAGAAACCAAUAAGUUUUAACAAAUACAUUUCUCUUCCUAAAAGUGGGUCUUCAGUUAAUAAAUGUCAUAGUAUUUUGGUAGAUUCGUUAGAUACAGUAGCAAAAUCGGAUAUGGAAAGUGACAAUUUUAAACUGCAAGUUUCUCCUGCAUCAUCCCCAGUGAAAAACCUUAUGCAUAAGUCUAGCGGAAGCCCAUUUUAUCAAGGACAUAGAUUUCCUAAUAUAAUAAAACAGAAUCCUGUAUGUAGUCAAAAAUUAGUUAAAAUAAUACCUAACGAUUCCCAAGGCAAUGAUUCUGUUGUUCAGCCAAGAAAACUUCCUAUAAUAACUAGUGUUAAUAAAGUAGGAGUUAAUCCUAAAACAUUUCAGUUUGUUUCGACGAAACAUUUAACAGAGAUAAGUAAAAAUACAGAUGUUGUUUCAGAUUUGCCUAAACCAGUUGUUGAAACAGUUUCUACUCCAGUGUUAAAAGAUUACACAGUAAUAGAACCAUAUGUGGAUGAUCCAGCUUCUCCUGUGAAACCUAAACCUAUUAUUACUGUUCCUAUUGAAAUUAUUCCCUCACCAGAACUUCCUAAAAAAGAAUCCGUUGCUGAAACUCCACAUGUAACCACUGAGUGUGCCAGUACCACUGCAAAGCAAGGAAAAACACCUCGUUCUGUGUUUCUUAAUGGAGCUGUUAAACAAAUCAGCACACCCGUUAGGCACGAUGCAGAACUAAAAGCAGGUAAAAUAGAUGAAAUAUCUAAAAAUAAAGACAUAAGUAUUGAUAGUAAUAAAAAUGUUUUAGAUCAAUGCCCAUCUGUGAUUAAAGCUAAAAAUAUAGUGGUUGGUGUAAUGGAGAGUGUUUUUUCAAUGACACAAAAGACCAAGAAAGUUUCUAAGUUGAAACCGAAUGUAAACCGAGUACAGAAAAAUCCAAGAAAUAUAUCAGUUGGCUCUACUUUAGAAUGCCAGACAUAUAACACAACUUUAAAUGAUAUUUUAUUUGGUUUUGAUGAAAUUGAUGAUUUUACUGAUGAAUGUACUUCUUCUCUAAAUUCUAGUAGCGAAACUUCUGCAGUUACUCCAGUUUCAGAUGCAUCAAAUAAUAUUCUUGAUUCUUCACCUUCAUGGCAGCCAGAUGAGAAAGAAAUAAAUGCUUUUCAGUUAGCUAAUGACAAAAGUGGGCUGUCUUUUAGUGAUGAAAAACAAAGUGUUAAUGAGCAUUCAGAAAAAGACAGAAAGAAGAGAAAACUUUUUGAAUCUCCUCAUAAUUCAGAUACAUGGUCAGCAUCUGAAUGUGAAAAUGAAAAUGAUAGACCCAGAAAGAAAAAAUUGAAUCCCAAAAAGAAAAGAUCAAGUAAGUUAGUCAGCAACUUACAAAAAGUUACAAGAAAUGAUGUGAAAGCAAAUAUUUGUUCAGAGUCUGAAAUGACAGUAGAUAAUAUAUCUGUUCAUAAAUCUUUAAAUGACUCUUUAAAAAUAAAUCCUUCUGUCUCUCCCAAGAAAUUGAAGCAUGCAGAGAAAUGCACAGUUAAAACUUCUGAUAAGUCUCCUAUUUCAACCAGCAGAUUACAAGAAUUACCAUAUGUAUCUCCCAUUUCAAAUAAUUCAGAAUUGAGUGUAAGCCAUAGUGAAAGUUCUGAUAAAAUAGUGAAAGGUGUUCUUAGUAGCCCAUCUUUGCGAAACCGUAGAAAUAAUCAUGAUCGUGCGGACAGAUCUUCAAUUAAAAAUAAGUCUAUGGGUAGGGUGGGUAACGAAUCAUUUUCUGAAAGUGUACCUAAUUUUAACAGAAAAAUUUCUAAGAGAUUGUCACGUUAUAAAAUUUCAUCAGCAGAAAGUAAAAAAGGGGGAAAAUUUAUGAAAUCAAACUUUAAAUCUGGAAUGAAAAAUAAAUGCAAACGCAAAACUUUAAUAAGAAGUAAAAAAAAGCUUUCAAAACCUGAUGACAUUAUACGGGAGAUAAAAACUAUAACAGGUGGUAAUAUUCCACGCAGUAAAAGUAAGAAGAUCUCGUGUUCUUCUGCUUCUGAAAAAGAGUCAAAUGAUCCAGAAUUGGAUGCUCUGUCUGAUGAUUCAGAAUCUGAAAUUUGUUCAUCAAAAUUAAGGAAUAAUAGCCCUGGUCGAGCUAACUCUAGGAAAAAAGUUAGGACACUUAAGGUUUUGUUUAAACGUGCGAAACGGAAAAAAUCUUCAAGUAAUCAAAGCAUGGAUUUUAAUCCGUUAUCCAUUUCUGUACUAGAUAAUGCAAAUAGUUGUAAUUCUAUGUCAGAAAAUAACAAAAGUCUUAAUUCUACUUUCAGAGAGGGAGAAAGGGAGAAAAUGGAUACCUCAUACAAAGCUGAGAGUAAAAGUGAAAAUGAUACUUUUGUCUGUGAAACAGAGCCCGAAUAUUUCAUCAAUGAGAAUAAUGAGCAGUGUGGUGAUGCUACACAUCAAGUUGCUAGCCCUGUAAAAAAUUUUGUAAAUACUGAUAUCUUAAAAGAGGAUGGAACCGAAUUUGUAGUCAGUACCGGUAACAGUGCUGAUGAUGAAGUUAAUUCUAACAGCAUUGAGGUGCAAGAUAUAAGGAACCUCUUGCUAAAAAUUGUGGAAACAAUUUCUUGUGAACCCAUUUACACUUCAGACUUUGAUAAGGAAUCCAUAAAUUCUAAUUUCAAUAACAGUAUUCCUGAACUUGAAGUAGAUUCUAAUAAGAAUCUAGUUAAUCUUCCUAGUGUAAAUGAAAAUAUCAAUUUAAAUGUUGAUGUUAAAGGUGAAAAUUCAGUUAAUUGUAACACAAUAGAUGCAACUAGUUCUAUAAUACAAAAUUUAAACACUGAGCUUUAUAAAUCUACAAUAAAUGUUGCACAUAGUAGGGAAAAUUUGUUAGAAAAUAGAAAGCCACGUAUGGCUAACAGGAAAUGCCCCAAAAUUAAAAUAUCCAUAUCUAAAACUGUAAUUGAUACUGAUGGUAGAGAAGAAAGUUGGUACAUAUCUGAAAGGAAGCCUUCAACUGAUUCAGUACAGUCUGAGGUUUCCUCUGAAGAAGCUAAAGUAGAAAAUGAAGCAGAAAUAAUUUGUGAUAAAUUAAAUAUUAUGCCUGAAGCUUCUAGAAUACCAGCUAUUAGUGAAAAGGACAUCUCUCAGUCUGUAACAAGAACUUGCAAUGAAUCAUUAGAACAUUUGAUACAAGGUGCAAAUAAUAAUAAUUCUAAUACUGAUGUAUCUUCUAAUAUUGUUGAAUAUCCAGAUAUGAACGAGGACAUACCACAUUUCUCUAAUAAACUUUCAGAAUGUGAAGUAACAGAACAACAGUGUCCUGAUGGUCAACAACAGCUUGUGAGAUCAGAGUGUUCUGUAAAAGCAUUUGAUUCUUUUGUAGCCAAAGAUGAAGAAUCUGUGGAAUCUAUAAACCCUAAUGAAGUGCUAAAUACUUCUGUAACUGAAAGUGGAGAUUUAGCAAAACCUGAGUGUUCUAUAGAAGCACUUGGUUCUUCUGUAAUUGAAAGUGAAGUGUCAAUGGAAGCUAAGUGUUCAGUGGAGGCAGCCAGUUCUGCAGUUGAAAGUGAAAAGCAAGUGAAACCUGAACAUUCUGUGAAAAUAGUCAGUUCUGAUGUUGAAAAUGAGGAACCAGUGAAAUCUGAGUAUUCUAAGGAAGAAAUCAAUUCUGCAGUUGAAAGUGAAGAGCCUACAAAAUCUGAGUAUUCUUUGGAAGUAGUAAGUUCUGAAGUUGAAAAUGAAGAUCCAGUCAAAUCUGAAAUUGUUGAUACUUCUGAAGCUAAAAAAGAAGAGCCUGUGAUAGAGUGUUCCGUUAAAAAUCCCAGUGAGACUUCUACAAAUUCAACGUUUAAAUUCCAUAAAGAGUUGUCAGUGACUCUUGAAGUAAUGCAUAACUUUGCAGCUGAUAUUAAGUCACCAAAAAGUAUUAAAAGAAAGCGGAAUUCUGUGCCAUUACGAACAUCAGGUAGGAGUAAUGUUAAAGUCACAGCUUCUCCAGAUUGCAGUGGAAAAGAGCAAACAAACACAGAAUUGCUCAAACGUUGGGAACCUGAUGACCUCCAACCUUCUUCUCGAACUUUGAUGUUCCGCACCAUUCGCUUCCGACCUUUUCAUUUUCUGCCUCUUGUGUAG